GUGUAUUGCAGCAGUAGUUCCAGGUGUCACCUUACCUGUGUACGUGGUGGGCGGGAAGUUAGGUGCUGUGUUCCGCAGCCUAGUGUCACCAUGGUAACCUCCAAGACGGCAUAUACCUCACCACAAUUAUUUUAAGACUGAAAUACAUCUAAUCACUUAUAGACAACCCUGAACUAACGGCGAAUUCAUCUAAUAUAACAGACAGAGACAGACAGACAGACAGACAGAUGAAAUUAAAAACAUGUCCUCAGAGACCUACAAAACCUUAGAGGAUUGGUAAAAACAGCCCCAGAACGUUUAGAGUGGAGGACUGGUCGCCAACCCCCAGGCGGUACUCUGCUUGUGAGAACCGGACAUAUAGCUGAGAGACUUAUAAAGACUGAGGAACGAACACGAAACUUCAAAUCACAGUGAACAGUACGGUGAAGUGUAUCCCAGGGAGGCUACACCUGCUGCCCACUAUUGAUUGGUACAACUUGCAGCGUCAGGAGGAGGACUGCUGACGUCUUCUCUCUACAGUCUGCCACUCCCGGGAAAGUAUUGCCUAUGUUGACAUUCCAUACGUAUGUCUUAACACUUAGUGCACCUUCGUCACCCUUCUGCCAACACCGACGUUACUUCAGGGUGCCACCUCAACUUUCUUAUGUGGCUUAUUAUAAGUGAAGUGAGCAUGACGAGACUGAGGACAUGGGUGGUGACGGCGCUGGUCGUGAACGGUGUCCUUCUGCUGUACAGUGUGAAGGUGUGGCAGGGCCGCCCCCCAACACACUCCAUAGAGGACUCCAGCCUGCGGGAGGGGAACGAACCCCAGGUGAGACUCCAUAGCGGCCUCGUCUCUGGAAUGUGGGAUCGAGCCCAGAAAGGCAGGAUCUACUACUCCUUCCUAGGGAUACCUUAUGCCAAGCCGCCCCUGGGUCUCCUCAGGUUCAAGGACCCGGUACCAGCAGAGCCUUGGCAGGGAGUGAGAGAUGGUACUAAGUAUCCUUCUUGUUGUCCCAGUGUUCCUGUAGGGGUACAGCGGCAUGGUAACAGAGGGAUACAAGGGCAGGAGGAUUGUCUUUAUAUCAACGUCUUCACACCUCCACUUCAGAAGUCACAGAAGAAGCUGCCAGUGAUGGUGUAUAUCCACGGGGGAUCCUUCCUUGCCGGGGGCGCGAAGCAUUACCAACCUCUGCCCCUCCUUCAACAGGACUUGGUGCUCGUCACUCUGCAGUACCGUCUGGGAGUCCUUGGAUUUCUAUCGACGGAGGACGAGGUACUGCCUGGGAACCUGGGGUUGAAGGACCAGACCCUCGCCUUGACCUGGGUGAGGGAUAACAUAGGUCACUUCGGUGGUGACAGUAAGAGAGUAACCAUCUUCGGAGGCAGUGCUGGCGGGGCCUCUGUACAGCUGCUGAUGUUCAACCCACACGCUGAAGGUCUGUUCUCAAGGGCCAUCAUGCAGUCUGGCAGCGCCCUGAGUCCCUGGGCGGUGAGGACUGGGCAUCGCGCUGUGGCCUACACGGUGGGAGGACGGCUAGGAUGCCCGACCCCAGAUCCCAUCUCCAACAACAGCCUCCGGGACAAUGAGCGACUGGUAGACUGCCUACAGAAGGCUCCCUUAGACGCGCUCGUCCCUUCCUUCAUGGACUUCUCGGUAUGGGCGACGCUGCCGUGGGUGACGGUGCCUCGAGUGGACGGGGACUACCUACCUGAAGAUCCUGCCAUUCUCCUGAGGGAGGGCAAGUUCCACAAGGUGCCUCUCAUCACCGGCGUCACCCAACACGAUGGCUUGUUAAUUACAGGAAAUCUCUACAACACUCCCAGCCUUCGAGAACAGUUGGUGAAGAACUUCGUUAAUGUUGGUCCUGGGGCGGCCCUACUACUAGGGGAGGGAGACGAGCAGCCCCUCACCCUCGCCCGCCUCGCCUUCCAUCACUACCUGGGAGGGAUAAAGGCUGGUGACCAUGACAAGGUUACCCUCACCCAGCUGUUUGGUGACCGGCUGUUUACUGUAGCUCAUGACGAGACGUGGAGGUUCACCAGCCAGCACCAAGACCUACCAGUGUACACCUACGAGCUGAAGCCUUCCAACACCACCGGCAAAAAAUGUGAGACGGGGGGGGGCGCCGCCUUUCUUACUUUGCGUUAUCUUGAAGUAGUGUAGGUGAUUCAUAGGGAA